AUGAAGCUCUCGCAGUCGGCCGCGCUGGCGGCACUCACCGCGACGGCGCUCGCCGCCCCCUCGCCCACGACGCCGCAGGCGCCGAGGCAGGCUUCAGCCGGCUGCUCGUCUGCGGUCACGCUCGACGCCAGCACCAACGUUUGGAAGAAGUACACGCUGCACCCCAACAGCUACUACCGCAAGGAGGUUGAGGCCGCGGUGGCGCAGAUCUCGGACCCGGACCUCGCCGCCAAGGCCAAGAAGGUGGCCGACGUCGGCACCUUCCUGUGGCUCGACUCGAUCGAGAACAUCGGCAAGCUGGAGCCGGCGAUCCAGGACGUGCCCUGCGAGAACAUCCUGGGCCUGGUCAUCUACGACCUGCCGGGCCGCGACUGCGCGGCCAAGGCGUCCAACGGCGAGCUCAAGGUCGGCGAGAUCGACCGCUACAAGACCGAGUACAUCGACAAGAUCGUGUCGAUCCUCAAGGCACACCCCAACACGGCGUUCGCGCUGGUCAUCGAGCCGGACUCGCUGCCCAACCUGGUGACCAACAGCAACUUGGACACGUGCUCGAGCAGCGCGUCGGGCUACCGCGAAGGCGUGGCUUACGCCCUCAAGAACCUCAACCUGCCCAACGUGAUCAUGUACCUCGACGCCGGCCACGGCGGCUGGCUCGGCUGGGACGCCAACCUGCAGCCCGGCGCGCAGGAGCUAGCCAAGGCGUACAAGAACGCCGGCUCGCCCAAGCAGCUCCGCGGCUUCUCGACCAACGUGGCCGGCUGGAACUCCUGGGAUCAAUCGCCCGGCGAAUUCUCCCAGGCGUCCGACGCCAAGUACAACAAGUGCCAGAACGAGAAGAUCUACGUCAGCACCUUCGGCUCCGCGCUCCAGUCGGCCGGCAUGCCCAACCACGCCAUCGUCGACACGGGCCGCAACGGCGUCACCGGCCUGCGCAAGGAGUGGGGUGACUGGUGCAACGUCAACGGUGCAGGCUUCGGCGUGCGCCCGACGAGCAACACGGGCCUCGAGCUGGCCGACGCGUUCGUGUGGGUCAAGCCCGGCGGCGAGUCGGACGGCACCAGCGACAGCUCGUCGCCGCGCUACGACAGCUUCUGCGGCAAGGACGACGCCUUCAAGCCCUCGCCCGAGGCCGGCACCUGGAACGAGGCCUACUUCGAGAUGCUGCUCAAGAACGCCGUGCCGUCGUUCUAAGACGGUCCAGCAUCAUCCGGACGGAAAGAAAGCGGGUCGUGAGACAUGUCUGUCUGUCUGGCUGGCUGGCGGGCUGUCGGGAAGGUGAGAAAAAGCUGAGGGAGGGGGGAAGGCAAGUGAGCAGGUUUGGACAGGGCCACGGCGCGCACAAUGUACCUACCUCGGCGUGUUCCCUGCGAGUGAAGCAGUUUGCAACGUAUAUACGGCGUGGAGUAUAUGUCUUCG